CAAACACUAUCUUUUCAGGGAAAAAUCUCGGCUUCUUCACACUUUUUGCAUUUUGCAGGGAGCCAAGUGUUAAAAUAAAACAGCAGAAAUGCAUCAAGUUUUGUUUCGGAUAAACAGCCGGCGUUUGCUGGGGAAAACACGCUCAUUUAAUGCAGGAGAUGUGUUUGUGAAACUCCACAGAUGGAGCGGUGUGUUAAGUCAAAGGUCAGCUGUGAAUCACCCCUCAGCUGAACUGCCUGAGAUGCCUGCAUGUGACUUUAAACCUGAACCAUACCAGGGCAUGUCUAAAGAACGUCUGCUAGAAAUCAGGAAACAAAACUGUAACCCUAUGACCAUGAAGAUAAUACACUACAAAAAGCCAGUCUAUAUAAACCAGGGCUAUAUGGAGUGGCUUUGGGAUGUGGAUGGAAGACGCUAUCUGGAUUUGUUCGCCGGGGUGGCCACUGUGAGUGUCGGACACUGUCACCCAAAAGUGACCGAAGCGGCAGAGAAACAGCUAAGGCGUGUAUGGCACACGACGCCCAUCUACAUUUACCCACAACUGCAGGAGUAUGCAGAGAAACUGGUGUCCCUUUUGCCGGACCCUCUAAAGGUUGUGUAUUUCACUAACUGUGGUUCUGAGGCAAAUGACCUCGCAGUGCUAAUGGCUCGGCUUCACACUGGAAAUUAUGACGUCAUAACACUCAGGGGCUCGUAUCAUGGUGGCAGUCCACAAGGAACAGGUCUCACAUCUAACGCAACAUAUAAAUUUCCCGUCCCUUCCUCUCUGGGCUGCUACAACACUAUGUGUCCAGAUGUGUUCAGGGGUCCAUGGGGAGGCAGUCAGUGUAGAGACUCUCCAAUUCAAACCACGCGACAGUGCAGCUGCUCACCAGGUCACUGUCAGGCCAAUGAUAAAUAUAUUGACCAGCUUAAAGAGACGUUUGACACAAGUGUUUCGUCUCGUAUCGCUGCAUUUAUUGGAGAACCAAUUCAGGGCGUUGGUGGAGCUGUUCAAUACCCUAAAAACUACCUGAAGGAGACCUUCCAGCUUGUUCGGGAGAGAGGUGGAGUCUGUAUCGCAGAUGAGGUACAGACUGGCUUUGGGCGCACAGGAAGUCAUUUUUGGGGGUUUCAGGGACAUAAUGUAAUUCCAGACAUGGUUACUAUGGCAAAGGGCAUUGCUAAUGGGUUCCCAAUGGGUGCUGUGGUCACCACAGCAGAGAUUGCCAGUUCAUUUGCAAAGGGAGUUCAUUUCAACACAUUCGGGGGUAAUCCACUGGCCUGUGCAAUUGCAUCUUCAGUAUUAGAUACGAUUAAAGAAGACAGGACGCAGGAGAACAGUGCUAAUGUGGGGACCUACCUGAUGACGGAGUUGGCCAAACUCCGGGAUAAGUACGAGAUCAUUGGUGACGUACGAGGAAAAGGUCUUAUGAUCGGGAUAGAGAUGGUCAAAGAUAAGGUCAGCAAAGACCCUCUCCCUUCACAAGCCAUGGCUGAGAUUUUCGAGGACACUAAGGACAUGGGUGUGCUGAUCGGAAAGGGCGGGCUGUACGGACAGACGUUCAGAAUCAAGCCGCCUAUGUGCAUAACUAAAGAUGAUGCAGAUUUCUUCAUCGCCGUGUUUAACCAGGCUGUGCUCAACUACAUGGAGAGAAGAUAGGACAUCCACAACAUUCAAUAUACAUACUGGAUUUAACUUACCAUACAGAAAAAAAAAUUACCAACAGGUCUAAAGACCUAAAAAUCAACUUACCUGGCAUCUAAAGGGACACUCCACUUUUCUUUUCUUUUUGAAAAUAGGUUCAUUUUCCAGCUCCCCUAGAGUGAAACUCUUUUUUUAGAAUCCAUUCAGCUGAUCUCCGGGUCUGGCGGUACCACUUUUAG